AUGUCUAGUGUUGCAACUUCCAUGCCCGCUUUCAGCACGCUGCCCCUGGAUGAGGAAUCAUUCGCUUCCGCAUCUCCAGCUGGGACUCUGACUAGCAACCUGACCAAAGCAAUCCGCGACGCCAAUCACGGUAUGGCCCAUGUGCCACCUUACGACGUGGUUGAUGGUUGUUGUACCUGGCAUUGGACAGACAAGUUUUCUGAGGCCGAAGGAUGGAUAGUCAUCGACUCUCCUGUCCCUUCGGUCUCAGGUGGGGGUCUUUUCCUUCACGCCGGAGCAACUCUGGAUGAGGUCCGUGAUGUAACCCACACUAUGAGCGCCAAGCUCGCCGUGUCCUCACAACCCCAGAUUUGUGGCGCAAAAGGCGGUAUCCGUUUCCCCCCGGAAGAUCCGGGCGCUUCACUUGUCCUUGAGCGAUUUGUUCGUGACAAUGCCGGUGUUAUUUCCCAAUAUUGGGGAACCGGCGGAGAUCUCAAUACAGACCAUGCAGUCAUCGACAAACACGCCAGGGCCUAUUGCUCCCCAGGCACUGUGACUGCGUUGGACGCACUUUGCCUUUUCCUGAACCAUACCGCAUUUGCUUCAACCUCGUCCAAUAUUACUGCUUUACUUGGAGAGUCCGUUGGCGACACCCAGUGGUCUCUUAGCGAGUAUUCUGUCGGUUAUGUGAUGGCGAUCAUACUCAAAGAGUUGCUUGUCCACACAAAGCCGGACCUUUUGGGCAGAGCUCGUUUGGUGGUACAAGGUUUUGGGUGCGUUGGCUCUACAUUUGCGCAUGCAGUCAAGAGACUAGGCAUCGGCCAGGUGGUGGCAAUCUCCAGCCAGUACGGCUUUUACGUCGACAGAACAGGCAUUGAUUGUGAUGCUAUCGAAUACACCCGUCAGACAGUUGUGAGGAGUAGGCAGACUAUGGGGCUCGAUCCCAGGAGCCUAGAGGCGGGACUGACUCAGCCUCAGCUCGAGUCACGUUUGUAUACAAAACGCCGAGCUGGAGCUUCUGACGAGGAACAUCUUGCUGAUUUCUUGGGCGCAUCAGAGGGUGAGGUCUUUGUUCCUUGUGCUCAGCGCUACGUUUUGGGGCCAAAGACCAUAUCAGCGUUGCUCGACGGUACAUUCUAUAAUGUACCUCGUGGGGCUCGAUUUAUCCUUGCAGGUGCCAACAAUGUUUUCAGCCAGGGCGAGACCAAACAUGAGAUGCUAGGUAAACUAGAUUCUGCAGCAGUUCUCAUGGUUCCUGAAUGGGUCAGUAACUCGGGAACCUCCAAUCUGUUUAUGCGAGCCUGCGGCGGCCUUGCCUUGAAAGGUUACAACGCUUCUAGCCUCAAGGCAUGUGCCAGUGAUUCAAGGGCCUUUGUCAACGCCAUUUUCACCAAAGUUGGGAACGAUGCAGGUACUAGGACUCUCUGGGAGGCUUGCGAGAACCUAGCGGUUACUCGUAAACGGACCGGGGCAGUCAAUCUUCUCGGUGUGCAGAGGAUGUCCCAUCUGACUCUCACAACCCCCAACGCCGCCCGCGCAAUCCAAACCAUAACCCAAGUCUACAACGCUAGGGUCAACCAAGAUGGAAGUCUUUAUCAACUGCCGGGCCCAGGUGACCCAACACUUAGUAUCGUCCAAGCACCGCGGGUCGCCGGGCCCGCUGAUAUCGGGCUAUCUGUGCAUUUCUCCGUGUACAGUUUGGAGAAGGCUCGUGAUGUGCUAAGGGCUGAGAAUAUUGCCUUUGAGGAGAGAGCGUUGAAGGAUGGGUCACUAGAGCUGGUCCUUGGUCGCGAGCCAGCUGGAUAUCCAAUACGUCUUCGUCAAGUCCCUGUACGAGAGGUAUUAGAUCAUGACUUCUCCGGGUCUGAUCAUGUGCUGAGCUCAAUAAUCGGCUCAACUGGACAGAUCGAUCAUUAUGCAGCAAUCAUGCCCAACUCAGCCCGUGCCAAGAGGUUUCACGAAUAUAUGAUGGGCUUCACACCGGUUCGGACCUUCGCUGUCAAGGCUGGCACUACUGCUCAAAGUGACGACGGGCUGAUGCAUGUCAUGACUGUUCCAUUCGAUACCAGCCGCGUCGUAGUCCUUACUGAAGGUCUCACUCAGGACUCAAUCUUCACCAAACUUAUGGAGCGCCACAACGGACCAUACCUUCAUCACAUCGCCUUGCAAGUUGACAAUGUCGAUAUUGUCUUUGCCCAGGUAAGGGAGAGAGGCUGGCAAACAACUUCGGAAGAGCCGAGCUUUGAUCUCGCUACAGGCCUUCGGCAAUUCUUCCUGAAAGAGGAAGAGAUUGGAUGUACCUUGGAGUUCAUUGGUCGGAGAAAGGAUGACACUGGAGGCUACGGGAACGGAACAGCGGAAUUCGGAGUUGGAAAUAUUGUGGCUCUGGCUCAGUCUCUGGAUGAUUUGUCCAAGUGA